UCCUUAUUUAGAUUUUAUUCCAUUUAAAGCAUUUUCUCUUCGCUUCCUCUCACUCUCUCUUCUCCCAAAGUUGAAUGCAAUGGUUUACACGAUUUCAGGCGUACGUUUCCCUCACCUCCCAUCCAUCAAGAAGAACUCGUCUCUCCCGAGUUUCAACGACGAUCGGAGAACCAACGCCGUCACCUUCUCUCUCAGGAAAGACACUCGCUCCUCCUCUGGUAAAAUCUUUGCUCGGAAGCCAUCUUAUGAUUCUGAAUCUUCUUCUUCAAUAGCUACCACUGCGUCUGAGAAUCUCGGUAGCCAUCAGAGUGACAGCUCUUCAGCAGAAACUCAGGAAACUCUCUCUGAAGUAACUCAGGUACAUGACGAUGUAGAUGCCCAGAAAGCUGAGACAGAGAGACAGGAACAAACUUCUACACUUUCAACAUCUGGAGGCCAGAGUUAUAACGAAAAUAUUGCAAGUAUGCCAGAUUCUCUCGACCAAGAAGUUGUACAGAGGAAGAUCCCACCUCCUGGAGAUGGGAAAAAAAUCUAUGACAUUGAUCCUAUGUUGAAGAGUUAUGAUGGUCAUCUUGAUUAUCGAUAUGGGCAGUACAUAAAACUGCGUGAAGAAAUCGACAAGAAUGAAGGUGGACUAGAGGCAUUUUCUCGUGGUUACGAAAUAUUUGGUUUCACUCGAAGCGCCACUGGUAUCACUUACCGGGAAUGGGCACCAGGAGCUAAGGCAGCAUCACUGAUUGGAGAUUUUAAUAACUGGAAUUCCAAAGCUGAUGUCAUGACUCGGAACGAGUAUGGUGUGUGGGAAAUAUUUCUGCCGAAUGAUGCUGAUGGCUCGCCAGCAAUUCCCCAUGGCUCCCGCGUGAAGAUUCGCAUGGAUACCACAUCUGGUAUUAAAGACUCCAUUCCAGCUUGGAUCAAGUACUCUGUUCAGGCACCAGGGGAGAUCCCAUACGAUGGAGUAUAUUAUGACCCUGCUGAGGAGGACAAAUAUGUAUUCAAACAUCCUCGUCCAAGGAAGCCCACAUCACUGCGUAUAUAUGAAUCACAUGUUGGAAUGAGUAGUACGGAACCAAUGAUAAAUACAUAUGCCAACUUUAGAGAUGAUGUACUCCCCCGUAUAAAAAAGCUAGGCUACAAUGCAGUUCAGAUAAUGGCCAUUCAAGAGCAUUCCUACUAUGCCAGCUUUGGGUAUCAUGUGACAAACUUUUUCGCUCCUAGCAGCCGCUUUGGAACACCUGAUGACCUUAAAUCGUUGAUAGACAAAGCUCAUGAACUGGGUCUGGUUGUUCUGAUGGAUAUUGUGCACAGCCAUGCUUCAAAAAACACACUGGAUGGUCUGAACAUGUUUGAUGGCACUGAUGGUCAGUACUUCCACUCUGGAGAGCGGGGUUACCAUUGGAUGUGGGAUUCUCGUCUUUUCAAUUACGGAAGCUGGGAGGUGCUUCGGUAUCUUCUGUCCAACGCGAGAUGGUGGCUGGAAGAAUACAAGUUCGAUGGGUUCAGAUUUGAUGGCGUGACUUCUAUGAUGUACACUCAUCAUGGACUGCAGGUGGAAUUUACUGGGAAUUACAAUGAGUACUUUGGAUAUUCAACUGAUGUUGACGCUGUGGUCUAUCUAAUGCUGGUGAACGAUAUGAUUCAUGGGCUAUACCCUGAGGCUAUUGUUGUCGGCGAAGAUGUUAGCGGGAUGCCAGCCUUUUGUAUUCCGGUGGAAGACGGUGGUGUGGGUUUUGACUACCGUCUCCACAUGGCAGUAGCUGAUAAAUGGAUUGAGCUUCUCAAGAAGAGAGACGAGGACUGGCAGGUUGGUGAUAUAGUUUUCACGCUUACCAACAGAAGGUGGGGAGAGAAAUGUGUCGUCUAUGCGGAAAGUCAUGAUCAAGCCCUUGUUGGAGACAAAACGAUUGCGUUCUGGCUCAUGGACAAGGACAUGUAUGAUUUCAUGGCGGUGGACAAACAGGCCACACCGCGUGUAGAUCGCGGGAUCGCCUUACACAAAAUGAUACGGCUCAUAACGAUGGGACUAGGUGGAGAAGGAUACCUCAACUUCAUGGGAAACGAGUUCGGACACCCUGAAUGGAUCGACUUCCCGAGGACUGACCAGCACCUUCCUGAUGGCAGAGUCAUCCCCGGGAACAACGGUAGUUACGAUAAAUGCCGGCGUAGGUUUGAUCUUGGAGAUGCAGAGUAUCUUAGAUACCAUGGACUGCAAGAGUUUGAUCGGGCGAUGCAACAUCUCGAGGAGAAGUACGGUUUCAUGACUUCGGAGCAUCAGUACAUAUCUCGCAAGGAUGAAGGAGAUAGAGUCAUUGUGUUUGAGAAGGGUAACUUGGUCUUUGUCUUCAACUUCCACUGGACCAACAGCUACUCCGACUACCGUAUAGGCUGCUCUGUUCCCGGGAAGUACAAGAUUGUUUUGGACUCGGAUGAUUCUUCAUUCGGUGGGUUCAAUCGGCUAGAUGACUCCGCUGAGUUCUUCACCUCUGAUGGAAAGUACGAUGACAGGCCUUGCUCCUUAAUGGUGUAUGCACCGUGCAGAACCGCUGUAGUUUACGCUGCAGUAGAUGGUGAUGAAGAUUCUUCUCUGGUGCCCAUAAGCCUUGUGCCUGACGAUGUUUAGGAGUAAGAGAAUAGCGUCUAAGUUUGCCUAUUGUAAGCUUCUUUGUACUACGAAGAUUUAUUUCUCAUCUCCUUCUUUAGUUUCUUGCAGUAUUAUAAUAACUUUAAAAAGUAGCUUUUAUAUAUGCUUCAUCACAGAUUGUACUUUAGUGAUAUGAACACUUGCUUAGUUCCAAAAAGAUAAAUAUUUGAGAGGAAAAUCUGCAGAGAA